AAUGGCCAGAGAUGACGUCUGCUGCUGCACUUCUGCAGAUGUGACUAUGACUGGCUCUCCACAUAUAUCUGGACUGACAUUUUCAGCAUACUUCCUUUUUCGUUUACUGCUACACAACAUUAAAUCUCUGUUGAUCCUAGAAAGCGCCGCGGCGGGGCAGAGAUGGCCACAAACGCGACGAGAUCCACCGGACAGCCGGCCAAGACAAAGAAGGAUGAGUCGCUGCUGGGGAAGCUGGGAGGGACAUUAGUUCGCAAGAAGAAGAUAAAAGAAGUGAGUGACCUCCAGGAAGAGGGCAAAAACGCCAUCAACGCCCCUCUCCUGCACACCAGCCCGGAGCUGCUCCCUGAGGAUACACUGCUCGAGGAAAAUGCAGAGAGGACCAUUCUAGACCCCACAUCGAGAGAAGACCUCAAUUUCAAAGACCUGCAGAAGGUUCUGAUUGACUGGAUCAACAGUGAACUGGAAGAAGACCGAAUCAUCGUGAAAGACCUUGAGGAAGAUCUGUACGAUGGACAAGUGCUGCAGAAACUCUUCGAGAAGCUGUCAGGUUAUAAGCUGAAUGUGGCAGAAGUGACGCAGUCGGAGAUCGGACAGAAGCAGAAGCUGCAGACGGUUCUGGAGGCAGUGAACGGAGUUCUGCGACCGCUCGACUGGAACACAGAGUGGAGUGUCGACUCCAUCCACUCCAAGAAUCUGGUGUCCAUUGUGUAUCUGCUGCUAGCGUUAGCCAUUUACUAUGCAGCUCCCAUUCGCUUACCUGAGCACGUGUCCGUCCAGGUGAUCGUAGUCAAGAAAAAAGAGGGAAUCCUGCAGACUGCUCAUGUGACCAAACAACUCACAAGCACCACAACAGAAAUGAUGAUCGGAAGGUCAGAACGUGAUGCUUUUGACACCUUAUUGGAUCAUGCGCCUGAUAAACUUAAUGUAGUGAAAACGUCGCUGAUCACAUUUGUGAAUAAACACUUGAACAAACUAAACCUGGAGGUGACAGAGUUGGAAACACAGUUUGCAGAUGGUGUGUAUUUGGUGUUGCUGAUGGGACUGUUGGAAAAUUACUUUGUGCCGCUGUACAACUUCUACCUCACGCCCGAAAACUUUGAGCAGAAGGUGCACAAUGUGGCAUUUGCAUUUGAGCUGAUGCAGGAUGGUGGAUUACAGAAACCCAAAGCUCGACCAGAAGACGUGGUGAACUUGAAUCUGAAGUCGACACUCCGGGUGCUCUACAAUCUUUUCACCAACUACAAGAACUCGGAGUAACACAAGUGCACCCCUGCUGUUCCUUUUGUAUGUAACAAUGAGGUAUUUUGUAUAAUUGAGCUUAUUUAUGCCCAGAAUCGAAUGUAUUUAGCCUUAUUAUGUGCAUUCAGCUCAUUUAAAUAUUAUAUUUUUCUCGCAUUUACUGUAUGCAAAUGAGGCCUGCCGCUGCUUUAAGCACUACACACACCCAAAUGACUGAAUGAUUCAUAAAAGUGCAUUGUGUGUUUUAUUCUAGCAGAAUUGCGGUGGUUACAUCAAAUAAACAGGUGCUUUCUACAUGCUGGGAUGAAUUAAUUUUGACACUUUGACUACAAAUGGGCUCAUAUAAUGUAUUCAGAGGUUUGUUAUGAAAGGUGUCUUCAUGCGUUGAAUUAAUUAACCUUGGUAUAUGUAUUAAUAUUUCACCUUAUGUGUUUCACUUUAGUUUGUGGGCCUGAUUCGUGACAAAUCUAAACUGUCAUUUCAUUUAGGGGUAUCUGCUACAUGAGGCAUCGCUAUAAUAAUAAUAAUACAUUUUAGUUAUAUUGCGCUUUUCUCAAACUCAAAGCGCUAACAAGAGCAUCAACACACAGAAGAACAUGAAAUACACAAAAAAGUAAGAAUGAUAAUAAUGAUAAAAAUACAUAUUUAAAAAAAAGCCUCAUAAGUUAUAAGCAAUAAUAAAAAUAUGAGUUUUAGGAAGUUUCUUAAAAAAGUCCAGGGAACUGGCGUUUCUGAUGUUUGUGGGGAGAGCAUUCCCCAAUUUAGGUGCACGAUAAUAGAAUGCCCUGCCUCCCAUGCUGCUAAGUUUGCAACGGGGCUGAUACAAGGUGAGCCCCGAAGCAGAACGUAGAUUGCGAGAGGAUGAGGAGGUUGAUAUCAGGUCACAUAUAUAAUCAGGUGCAGAACCAUGAACAGCUUUGUAAGUUAAAAUCAAGGUUUUAAAAUCGAUGCGUGACUUUACAGGCAACCAGUGUAACUGCUGAAGAACAGUAGUAAUGUGAGUGCGAGAUGAUGUGUGAGUUAACACACGUGCGGCUGAGUUUUGAACAUAUUGUAAGAUCUUAAGUGAAUUGGCUGGCAGACCCCCAAAUAAAGAUUUGCUCAUGCACUGUGUUCAAA